AUUUCGGGGAGCAUAAAAAAUGAGUUAGUGUUAUAAAGUUAUCAUAGUUAAACAUUUUUAUUUAGGAUAGAGACAUAAUAUUUGACUGUUUUGGUCAAAUUCUCGAUAUGGCGAAUGACAUGAAAAAAGAGGCCGAAAAUACACAACAAAGGUACCAUGUUAUACAAGCUCAAGUUCAGGGAAACAUGGCGACAAUAGUUGAACAGAACAAAAAAGUUAUCGAUGAAGAAAAAAGAAGAACAAUAGAAAUGGAAAGGGAAAAAGAUAUGUUAAAAGCUUCAAAGUUAAAAGAGAAAAUGUUAGAAGAAGAGAAGAGACAAAUGGACAAAGAGUUAGAAAACUUAAAGCAAUACAGAGACCAGAUGAAGGAAGAAUCAGUCAAUAUUAUCAAAGAACAAGAAGAGGAUGAUGAUGAAAAUAGUUCAUUUCUUGACGCUGCUAUUGCUCCUGGUACAGCACUUGGAGGAGGCAUCGAGGCAGUUAUUGGAGUUAUUAGCGCAGGGGUUAAUCUUUUUAAAAGUGUAUUUGGAGGAAAAAAGAAAAAAUCGCAGGUCAAAUCUGUACAAGAAGCAUUCAAAAAUAGUCAGAUAAAUGUUGAGAAGAUGCUUGAAAAAAACCAGGAUAUGAUCGGUCGUAUGUGCGAGGAACGAGUCAAUGCUCUUGAAAGGCUAGCAAAAAUUCGUACACUUGCCAUGGCUGAGGUUGGUAUUGGUAAUGCAGAAUGUCUUCGAGAAGCUUCAGCUCAUCUCGGAGACGUAGACAAGCAAUUCACAAGACUCAUUCAAUUUUGGUGUAACAUGGCAGCCGUCCUGGAGUUUUUAAAAAAUGAUACCAAUGCAGGAGAAGUUUACCUAAAGAAAAUUGAGAACUCAAAAUAUGCUGAACGAUUUAAAAAAUCUAUUUCCAGGAGUGAACAGGGAUGGUCAAACUUUGGUCGUAUAUGUCAGGAUUACAUUGUGGAAAGCGAUUCAGAGAUUGGCAUACUGUAUGCUUUUUUGUCUUCCCCAAUCGACAGCAUGUCGGCUGAUGAUCGCAAGAAGCGUCUACAGGAAGUAAUGCAAGGAAUAGAAGAUGACAUAAACAAUGCUCUCCCGGAGCAAACAUCAAAUUAACGAUGUCUUACUGAAUGCUAUGACAAGUCAGUAUCUAUAACCAUAGACUGCUUUAAUAAACUAUGUGAGACACAAAAUUAUUGUAAUUGUUAAAGCACUUUUUUCAAUUUCAGUGUAUUUGCUUAAAUGUUUUUUUAUCCUUUAACUUAUUUUGUUUGCUCAUUCACACCUAAAGUAUUUUGUUUGUAACUACUAUGUACAAACAUUAUUAGUUUCCACUUUUAGUUCUUUAUUUUGAGUUUCCAAAACUGACAUACAUGUAUCGCUAUUUAUUCAAUAUCUAUGGAAUUGAAGUAGCUAAAUAUCAAUUAUUUUUUACUUGUCAAUAAAAAUACUUUGAAAUCUUUAAAUAUUCCAAAAAGUUCUAGUAUUUCUUGUACUCACAAAAAUUAGUAAAGAGAAACUGUGUAAUAGUUUUUAUUUUUGUUUUGUGUGGUUUUAGGGAAUAUUUAUAUAUAACUGUGCUGUCUUGUUGAAAUAAAAAAGUAAAGAAAUUAAUUUGUUGGCGUACGAAAUUAUCUGAAGAUAUAUGUUUGGUUUACUACUUGGUGACUUAAUGAUAAUUAGGUGAGCUAAAACAACAUUUUUGUAAAUUUUUGAGAUGCAUUUCAGAAUAUUCUUCCGUGUUAAUGUUUAAUUGUUUAUGUUAUACCUACAAUAUACACAAUGGUGCAUUGGCUUCUCAUGAGAAACAAUACAGAACAAGGAGUU